AUGUUUUGCCGAUUGCCAAUGUUGUCUGGAGCAAUUUCGAAAGAGGAACUAAGGUUAGUUUAUUUUAUUGUUCCCCUAUUUUUGGUUGUUUUAUGAUUAUUAAAUAUUGUUUCUCAUCUACCAAAAAUAUAUUAGGGCAAGUUUUCCUGAUAAGAAAAUGGCGAAAAAGAGUUUUAUCAUAUGUUGGCAAUAUUUACAUUAUUACUCCAUUGCCCUAUUUUGUCUUUUUUAUUAUUGUAUUUUUUUUGUUAUGGAUCAAAAAAAUAAAAGUAAAAAGUUUUUAAUCAUUGUGUGUUCCUUUAAGACUACCGUACUUCCUUGUUUGUUUCGAAAUUAUUUCUUAAAUGAAUCACAUAAAAAUGUUUCUUUAGGUUUUGUUAUCAAAUUUAUGAUAAAAAGCGCAAAAUGAGAGUUAUCUUUUCUUUUUCAUUCAUUUCAUGCACUUUAUAUUUUGCUGUGCUCAAAAUUUUUGUUUCAAAACUUCACAAACUACACUUCAAUAAUUUUAAAGCACAUGUUUUUUCCAGAAGACAAAUGGGAAUAAUGAAUAAUUCAACAACAUCCACAAUGAAAAGAAAAGGUUGCACAAUUGAUAAUUUGCUUGAGACCAAAAAAUCGCUCAAUUUACAACAACUUCAAAAAGAGUUGGCGGAUUUGGUGGAAAAGAAAACCGAGUUUUUGAAGGCGCAGAAACGAGCGUCUCUUUUUGUAGACACACGAAUGGUUUCCGAUGCAAGUGUGAUGGAUGAGUAAGUAUUUUUUGCUUUAAAAAAUACGGUACAUUUGUUUGCAAUUACCGUAUAAGUCUGAAAAAUCUAAUCACCUUUCAUUCCAGAUUCGCAAUCUUAUACCAAAAGCUCAAAAAUCUCUCCGAUACAACAGAAAUCUCAAAUCUUCUCGAAGAAACAGUCAAACAAUCAAUAAUAAUCGAAUGGCCUCGAACAUUUCCAGCGUUGUCAAAUGAUUUUCAAGACGUUGAAAUCGAUUUUUCUCCGCUGAUUCAUCGUGCUCGAAAUGUUGUGAAAUGUCGAACAAGUCAUCCAACUAUGAGAAUUAAAAUAUGUGCGAUGAAUAAUGAAAUUUGUAGAGGACAAAGUAAUGUUGAAACUAUGUUUAGAGCAACUUUGGUGAAAUUGACUAAUGAAGAUUUAAAGUGAGUAUUUGGGAAAAUUAGGAGAAGUGGGAUUUUUAAAGAAAUAUUUUAAAUUUUUGUAUGGAAGUAGAAUUUUCAGAUAUUUAAAUUUCCAGAUUAAGUGAAAAUCUGAAAUUUUGUUUCAAAUUUCAAUGUGAAAUUUAAGGCUGAAAAUCAAACAUGAACUUUUAAACUUUGAUAAUUCCAAAUUGUUCGUUCAGAUCCCGCCAAGUUGCCGGAAAAAUGAUCCUAACUCAACGCGAAGGUAUUCCACUCUCAAAAUCACAAGAACAAUCCGGAGCCUCUGUGAAUUCCGAGGGAAAACUUAUCUCAAGUCAAUCCACAAAUGAAAACGCUUCGAUUUUGGCCGAAAAUUUGGAUGAGCCAACAUGUCGUGUAACACCGCUGAAAUUUGAAAAUGGAAUUUUGUGCGCCACGUUUCCAGAGAUGGUUUGUUGCCUAAUUUUUGCGUUAAAUCUCAGAAAUACAAAUUUUUCAGGGUGUCACUUUGAAUUCCAUGAUUGAUCGUCGUCAAUUGGCCACAAGAUAUGCUAUUCAAGUUGAAGUUUUCAUUUGUCUCGAUAAUUCCCAAAUUAUUAGUCAGGUACAGUAACCUUCGACUAUUCUACUUCUACAGUAAUCUUUUUUGCAGACCGUACUCUCUCACCCAUUUCUAAUUGCUAUAACUAACGAUCAAACCGAACCUCUGCUUCAAUCGAUUUUCUGGAAUCGAUUGGUUGAUUUGGAUCAUGUGGUGAGUGAGAUUUGAAAACUUAGACUGGAUAAAAUUUUUUGACUAAUUUAUUAUCAUUUUCCGUGAAAAUUUGAGUAAAAAUCCAAUUUUUAACCUGAUUCUCUACCGAAUUUCCCCAUCGUUUUUUUGUUUCAGGAAGAUUCUCUAACCGAUUCAAUUCCUAUAAAAUGGUCAAUUCUUGGUCAAUCAAUUCGUUCAUUUGUCAAAUCUCAAUUACCAGCUGCUCGUUUUUUAUUCGAUUUCGAAAUGUUUCACAUUCAAACAAUGAUUUUGUUGCCAAGAAUUUGUCGAUGCAAAAGUCCGGAAGAAAUUCAAAUUUUAGAAAUUGGAUUGUUUGGAAAUUUGAAAUGUCAAGUGAAAAUUGAAGAUUUGGGAAGUGAAGUGAAAAGAUUGAGAGAUCGAUUAUUGAAUGAGCAAAUUCGAGAUGAUUUUGAAAUUUUGAAGAGCGAAUUUAUGAGUGUAAGUGAAAGGGGAUAUGGGGAAUUUUUAGAUGCUGAAAGUUCUCACAAAAAACGCAAAUUUGAUUUCAGGAUCACACAAUUUCAAUCUUGGAUAUGAAUACUGUAUUAGAGCAUUCAGUUUGGUUAUGGCUUCACAGAGCAACUGAAAUGAUUCAGGUAAAAUACCAGAAAAUCUCAACAACACAAAAAUCUCAAUUUUCAGGACGUUGGUCACAAACUUUGCCCAAGUCCAAGUGUCGACAAAAAAUCAACAAAAACCAAAAAACAAAUGGCCGCUUCAGAAGAUUAUCAAACUGUUUUGAGUCUUUUCAACAAAGGGUACGGUAGUUGAUACAGUUCUUUUUCAAAAUAAUUUUUCUCUUAGAUUCAUCACAUUUUGCUCAAUCGCCAAAACCGCGGAAAGUUUUGAAAAUUUGGAAAAAUGCAUGAUGAUUCGAUUUUGCGAUGAGAACUUGGCACAUUUUUCGUUUGCUUAUGGAAUUGCGUCAGGGUAUGGUGACCUGGAAUUAAUUUUGAGACUGUUCGGAAAUUGAUUUUUCAGAGAAAAAUUAUCCUAAUAGUAAUUCAAGGUCUUUUCUUUCAGAAAACCACGAGUUGGCUCAAUUUCCGCUGAACAAAUCAAGGAUUUCAAACAAGGUUUGCCCGAAUUAAUGAUUGAUGAACAUUUUCCGGCGAGAUUUCCGAUGGUUUUGAGAUUGAAUAAUGAUUAUAUUGAUGCGGUUGAGUGAGUGAAAUUUGAGGGAACUAGAUUUUUGACAAUAAAAAAUCGAGCUUGAAACGUUAAUUUUUUCCCCGAAAAAAUAUGUUUCAAAAAUUAUAUUUCAAAAUGUUUUGAUCUUUCGAUUAAUCUGAUCUAAAAUUUACUUUCUAUCAAAAGAAAAAUCAAAUUUGCUCUAAUGGACCUCUGAAAUUAAGUUUCAAAAAAUAUUUAUACUGAUUAAAAACCGUAAUUUCCCUUCCAGAAAACUCGAAAUCUUCCACAACUACAAAACUCAACGUCGAAAAAUGGAAAGUAUCGCGAUUUUAGAUGACGAAACAACUCGCGUCGAUGUUCUCAGUGGAGCACAAUUGGCACGCCGUGAAACUCCGCCUCCAAAUCUCGAAAUUCCACCACUUUUUGCUAGUUUGCUUGAAAAAACUGAUUUUGGAAGCUUUUUGGAGAUCUUGAAUAAUGCUAGGUAAUUUUUUUUAAUUUUCAAAAAAAAUAUUGAGUAAAAAUUUGAAGCAGUGCCAGUGAAAAUUUGGAUUCAAGUGCUCAAAUCGCAAAACUUCUCAUGGAACAAGAAGAUCAGAAAAAUACAUAG